AUGAAGGCCACCGCUGCCUGCUUGCCACGCACGGACACAUUUGGAGACAUAGAGACGAUCCAUCCCGUCCUGGCCUCCCUGACGCCCUCCUCCGCCUCGCGCAGUAACGCCCCCCCUCCUGUGCCUCUCCCGCAGAGCUACGAACCCGACGAGCUGACGGAGGAGAUGGCCCAACCUGGAGGGCCUCAUGAAAGACCUGAACGCAAUCACCACCGCGCCCUAGGGACCCCGCCCCACCCCACCCCAACUCAGCACCCUGAGGACCUCACCCCGCCCUCGCCACAGCACCCUAAGGACCCCACCCCGCCCUCGCCACAGCACCCAAAGGACCCCACCCCGCCCUCGCCACAGCACCCUAAGGACCCCACCCCGCCCUCGCCACAGCACCCUAAGGACCCCACCCCGCCCUCCGCCACAGCACCCUAG